AUGGGCAACUCGUUCAGUGCAAUCAUUGUUGGACUUGGUCGCAUACUCCGCCACAAGCUAUACGGAAUAAAAGAUAAACCCAAGGCAACACUUCUGACGAUCCCUGCAGAUGUUUUAGACCUCGUUCUUCAUUUCAUCGUCACAUCUCAACCCCACCAACCGUUCAGCCACGAAAGGUCCAGCAACGCAGCCUUGAUUCCAUUAUCACAAACAUGUCAGGAGAUGAGGGUUAAUUGUUGUCCUUGGAUCUUUCGGGAGGUUUACACUUGGCAACGCGAGGAAGAGGUCUGGCCAGAAACAUUGUGGAGUUUCUUUAGAACAGUGCAUCUGAGGAACCGCUCAAUCCGCCAUUCAGCGGUGAUUACCCUCUCAUCCAGCCUAUCCUCGUCAUUGCAACAUAUGCCAAGAUUAACUCGCGUCACGCUACGACUCAAGGACGACGUUAUCCCCUCCCACAUGUUUGAAGCUAUCUCUUCGACACCAAAUCUGUCUUCGCUGGAGAUUUAUCAAACGCGUCUAGACGUCAUUCCCACUGAAAAGAUCGAAUUUCCUUCACUCACGACACUUGUUCUCCGAAUUUCAGGCUUCGAAGGGGUCCACCGAUAUCCGAAUAUCAAUAAGACAGCUGAAAUGAACCACAUUUCCAGACUUUUGGCUCUUCUUGCGAGUCGUCUAGAAAGUCUGACCAUUUCCGGGGAUUUCCUUGACCCUACCGAGUUCAAGCAAAAUCUGUGGCCGAGCCUCCGUAAUUUCAGUGCCACGGACCAUCCUCCCAUCCCUCUUGUUCCUAUUACUCAACUCGUCACUCAUAUGCCCGUACUCAAGUCAUUAUCCGCCCUCUAUACGACAGAUUUUACGAGCAACCUUCGACCACCUUUUUUACUUGGCCGUCCCAGUCCUCCAUUUCUAACAGAGACGUGUCCCCUUCUCGCUUCUGUCUCUCUGUCCAACAUUGGCAUCUCCGAUCCCAUUUUCCUUCAAUUACCCAGUUCCAUCGACGAACUGCAUCUGCUAGCCGUGCGGGAUUCUUAUGGACGUGGGCAACGGCGGCCACGCAGGAGAGACCCAAUCACCUCACCGCUCAGUAUCAGAAAUGCCACUACUCUUCUCAGCAUACUUCCCAAAUUCGACCAGCUACAGAAGUUGACGGUGAUGUUUUCCACUAUCCUAAUGCCAGAGUUCGUCUUGGCUGCUGCAGCUAAAUUUCGGCAUCUCACAUCGCUCCAUCUGACUCAAACGCUAGAGAUCGUUGAACACCUCAUCCCUCUCUUUGACAUUCGCCAUGAAGAGACCAUCGACGCUUUGCGACUGUUUCCGUUGCUCAAGGAACUCAAACUUACAAUUGACGAUCAAGGUGGUACACCAUACCGCGGUGUCCCAAACGAGCCCGCAUAUCAACUAUUUUGCUGUCUACCCGGGCUACAAACCAUCGGCAUCCUUUGGAAAGUCGAUGAACAUGAAGAUGCAAGCGUUUGGGACUACUGGGACCGUAGCAUGCUGUCAGAACCCAAACCGGAGUCUUUGCCCGACUUCUUCGCGUUUAUGAGGGACGGCAUGAGACUUUGA